CACGUCACCAUCGAGCAGACGUGGCAACACACGACGUCAUCAAAGUGGGUCCGUGGUGUAUUCAUGUACUGAGCUAGUCCAGCUAGCAGCUAUAUUCUGGGCAAAAGAGAAGAUUUAAAGCCAAGAAGAUGAUGGAAGAGAGUGGAAUUGAGACUACACCUCCUGCCAGCCCAACACCUCCUCUGAGUGUAGCUGCCUCAGUCAGCGCCCCCCCACUGAGCAUAGGUCUGUCCAGUCCCUUGUCCCCCCCAGGAACCAGCUCUGUCUCCCCCUCAGUCUCCGCUGCUCUCCCCCCUGUUCCCUCCCUCCCUGCCUUCAGCAGCCCCCUGUCUGCCCCUCCCCCCCUCUCCUCCCACUUUCCCCCUCCAUCCACACUUUCCUCCCCCUUCACCAGCAGCUCCCCCUUCCCUCCCACCGCCUCUCCCUCCGUGCCCCCCCUGACCUCCUCCACCAGACCACCACCACCACCCUCGGCUUCUGGCGCGUUGGCCCCUCCUGUAGGCCCGUCUGUAUCCGGCUUCUCCAUGAGUGCAGGAUAUGACAUCACACGGGGUCACGCCGGUCGAACACCACAGACGCCACUGAUGCCAACGUUCUCCAGUCCUACCGCCAUGCCGGGUGUAGUUUCCAACCCCAUGGUUCAGCAGCCAGUCAUGUCAGGAGGAUUAGUUACUGGAUCUCCCAUCACGUUCCCAGAAGAGCAGGAGGAUCCCAGAGUGUCUGCAGACAUCAACCCUGGUGGAGGCAUCUGGGGCUUUUUCAAGGGAGUAGCAGGGAACCCUGUAGUAAAGACAGUCCUGGACAGAACCAAACACUCUGUAGAGUCCAUGAUCACCACUCUGGAUCCUGGCAUGGCUCCAUACAUCAAGUCUGGAGGGGACAUCGACAUUGUGGUGACGUCAGAUAAAGAGAUGAACGUGGACGCAGUGAGAGACGCCUUUCAGGAGGUGUUCGGGAUGGCCAUGGUCACCGGAGAGCCCGGUCAGUCCAACAUCGCCCCACAGCCCGUGGGCUACGCAGCCGGGGUCAAGGGUGCCCAGGAGCGCAUUGACAGCCUGAGACGGGCUGGUGUGAUCCAUGAGAAGCAGCCAGUGGUCUCUCUGGAAAACUUCAUCGCGGAGCUCUUUCCUGACAAGUGGUUUGACAUUGGCUGUCUGAUCCUGGAGGACCCUGGUCACAGCAUCAGAAUCGAGGUCUUCACUCAGGCAACUCCUCUGGCUCUGGAGCACGUCCAACAGGCUCAGUCCCUCACCCCUCCAGACUACAGCCUGCGCUGGUCGGGUCUCAUUGUUACAGUGGGUGAGGUCCUGGAGCGCAGCGUGCCCAACAUCAACAGAACAGAAUGGCAUCAGGCCAUGACGGGCAUGACACAACGCCAGAUGAUCCAGAGUGCUGCCAAAGCCCUGGCUGGAAUCUACAAACAGCAGCUGCCACCCAGGACUGUGUGAGGCUGAACUGGUUCCACUAUCUGUCACAUACUGGGAGUUGUAAGAGACAUGCUGAAGGAAAAACUAUCUGAUGGGACAGCAGGGUCCCUCACAGCUCCAUAUCUAUCCUCCAUGUGUCCUCGCAGGGCAAAGCCAAGUGCACAUGUCUUUGAAGAUUUUGAUGUUCGUGCUCACAGAUGCUUACUGACAUUCCAGCAUGUCAGCAGGGUUUUACUGUAACACCACCACAUAUAAAAAUCAAUGUCAGAAUACUUUGUUGAAAGCUCAGGCUCUAAGGAAGACGUAACUAUUAAAUGAUCAUCUCUUCAUCCUCUCUGAAGGAUUAUUACACAUCAUGUAUACUGAAAUCAACAACUUUAAUACAUAUUGCAACAAUGUUUAGUUUUCUUGUCUUUUUUUGUUUUUUUUUUCAUUCUAAUGGGUAUUGUAGAGGCUAUUACUGGUGUGUCCCAGUUGUAUUGUAUAUACUACAGGUCUUAACAGAUCAUUUAACAUUUGGACUCGAUCAUAAACAUAGAAACAUAAAAGAGACCCCAUUGGAAAAGGACCAGAGAAUAAUUAGAACCAAUCCAAAAUGUGUUUGACCUGAACAAACAGAGAGAGAACACUUACACUUGAGACCUGCUGGAAUACAAUUCAGCUCUACAGGCAGAUUUAGACUGAGUAUAAUAUAAGGUCCCAGGUCUAUUUUUGGAUACUGGGCGCUGAGUGGACCCCUGAAGACCUCUACUAUAUACUUUACCACUGUAAAUUCUACUUUGCACAAAUGUUUGCAGUGCACUACCUUGGCAGUUAUGGUAAUGCACUGUUUUAUAGUAACAGGAAAUGAUACAAAGCAUUCAUCUACAGAUGUCAGCUGAUCCCUGACACUACUGCCAAUUUCACAUUUCAGAACCUUAAAUAACAAGUAAAAAUGUUUUUCUAUGGAUUUUAUUAUGUGUGUAUGUUUUUGUUUUACAAGCUCUUCUUAGAGCCAUCGAUACACUGUCACUGUCCACCUUUAAAAAAAAAAUCUCUUUGUAGCUGUAAAUAAACAAGUGUCCUUCAACCAUGGCCCUGGGCUAAAACCCAACAUUCCUCCCCCUCAUUGGGCAUUGUGAACAAUUCCUUAGCUUACAUCUCAUUCUUAAAUUAUGAAAUAAUUUACUGAGUGGUUUUAACAUAAUUCCAUUUAAGAAUAUGCACAAUGGUGAAAUAAUAAAGGUUAUUACUCGAUCUUGAGACCAAGGGUCUCAAGAUCGAGUAAUAACGCAGGACCUAGUGGUGCAUAAUCCCACAUUUCCAAACAAAAUAAGUUUUAAAUAACUGGAAAUCAAUUGCCACACAGUGUUGUGGUGUUCUAGAGGGGUAUCUGGGGUCACUUGAGACACUUUCCUGUUGUGUAAGUAGUAUGAAGGAAUUGUGCUUCAUUGUUUUAAAGCAUUCAAUGCAGUCAAAAAAGAGACAUCUACUGGAUAACUUUUGGAACUGUAUUUGUAUGGACCUGGAAAUGUGCAUUAUAUAUGAAACAAACCUAUUGGAUUGUUGUUAAAGGGUGGUCUCGUCACUAUAACUUCACUUUUUGCCUGCUUUGCCCACAACACCACGCUCAGUCCAGCCAGUUCAGUCUGCAUGCUGGUAUUCCUAUGCACACUUAAUUUUGAAAAUGCAUUAAAUCCAGUUGAAGUCUGUAUAUAGAGUGCAACUGGGACACUACUAGAAUGGUCUGAAGGGUCAAAUGAUUUUGAAGGUGACACUCAUCAUGUUUUAGAUGUAAUGUAUUAGUCUGAAAAAUCAUAGUAUCGCAUUUAUUGAUUCUCGCUUGUGUUAUUACAAAAAAAUGUGCCUGCCAUAACUGUGUGCUUUAUGUACGCCCUUGUUAAUUAAUAACCCAUUUUGACUCCUCAGUAAUUGCAGUGGGAUGCUAACAGUAACCGGGGGUUUGAUUAGAAGGAAAUUAAUUUAUUUUCCGCUGCUUCAGGCAGAUGGACACUGCCAGAAACAGAAGUUACUCUUAAAGUAGACUAGACACUGUUCUGUUAAUGAGGUUUGGGUGAAAAGAGCGUUCUUCUGUGUACUUAGUGUCCCUGUUAAUGUGCCUUUUUACACAAAUAAAAGAAAUCACUUUUU